UAAAACAAAAAAAGCACACAGCUAAAACUGAAAAACUGCAAAUGCCAGGAGAGUUUCAAAUGACGCUGCGACCCGCUAACUGAAAAUAAGCUCUCAGAGAGACUUUGCAGAACUGAGUUCUAUGAAGCUUUUCACUUCGCAGUAGUUUCUUCCAGAGCGUUGAAAGCUUGAGGAGAUGCUCUCUAAAACCCUAGAAUCCUGAAUUCAGGGGUUGCAUACAGAUUCCUACGUUUGUGUAUGCGUGCGAUUUAUCUUUAGGUUGAAAACUAGGGUUUUUAGGGUUUUUAAGUUAAAGUGUCAGAAAAUGGAGGCCGCAGUGAUAGACGCAGGAUCCAAGCUUCUUAAAGCGGGAACCGCAGUUCCAGAUCAGGCGCCCCCUAUGAUUAUUCCUACCAAAAUGAAACGAAUGCUUGAAGAUGGUUCAUCAACUGAUACUCCAUCAUUUGAGGAUGUCAAUGUUGAUCCAGUUGUUCGGGGUUUUAUAAGAGACUGGGAUGCUAUGGAAGAUUUGCUACAAUAUGUUCUCUACACUGGCCUUGAAUGGGAAGAGGGAAAUGAAGGACAAAUUUUGUUUACUGAUCCACUUUGCACCCCCAAGUCUGUCAGGGAACAAUUGGUGCAAUUGAUGUUUGAAACUUUUAAUGUCUCGGGGUUUUAUGCAUCAGAGCAAGCUGUUUUGUCCCUUUAUGCUGUUGGACGUAUAUCUGGAUGCACAGUUGAUAUUGGUCAUGGGAAGAUAGAUAUUGCAUCUGUAAUUGAAGGUGCUGUUCAGCAUAUUGCCUCAAGAAGAUUUGAAAUUGGCGGUAUUGAUUUAACCAAGUUACUAGCCCAAGAACUGGGUAAAUCUAAUCCUUUGGUGAAUCUCAAUGUCUCUGAUGUUGAGAUAAUAAAAGAAAAGUACUCUUCUUGUGCUGAAGAUGAGGUUGCCUAUGAGAAGACCCAAAAGUCAAGUGAGUUUGAGGAACAUACCCUUCCUGAUGGGCAGGUGAUAAAAGUUGGAAAAGAAAGAUAUACUGUUGGUGAGGCUUUGUUUCAACCAUCAAUAUUGGGUUUGGAAGCACAUGGAAUUGUUGAGCAGCUUGUUCGUAGCAUUUCUACAGUUUCUUCUGAGAAUCACCGGCAGCUGUUGGAAAAUACUGUCCUUUGUGGCGGCAUAACUUCUAUGCCUGGUUUCGAAGAUAGAUUCCAGAAAGAAGCUAGCUUGAGCUCAUCAGCUAUUCGCCCAUCACUUGUAAAGCCCCCAGAAUAUAUGCCAGCUGAGUUGACACAGUAUUCAGCAUGGGUAGGAGGUGCCAUUCUUGCGAAAGUGGUGUUCCCUCAAAAUCAGCAUGUUACAAAGGGGGAUUACGAUGAAGCUGGACCAUCUGUUGUUCAUCGGAAAUGCUUCUGACAUUUUUUCAUAAGUGAGUUCUUUUUGUGGUUCUAUUUCUACUUGUAUUAUAAUAGGUGGUUAUCAUGGAACAUAAACACAGAUUGACUAAAUUGUCAACUCAGGGAAGAAGAAAAAUUUCCAUAACUGCUGUGAUGUAUGUUACUGUAGCCUUGUAGGUAGCCAUUUAGCUCUAACCUUUUAGCCUAUGCUCCUUUAUCCUUGUUCAUUUCUAUAUAAAGUUUCAGUUUGUUA